GAGAUGACCCUCCGGCGCUCCUCCGUCUGCCAUGGCCACCCUUAGCUCGCCCCUGGCCCCCGGCCGCUCCAGCCCCGCGGCCCGUCAGGAUGCCCCGGCCUCGCCUCAGGAGCCCUCCCCCGGUGCGCCCCGUGAACCCGCCACCAAAGAUCCCGUCGCCGCCGCCGCCGCCGCCGUCGGCGUGAGGCCCUCGGAGCCCGGGGGUCGCCCGCUGGAGCCGGGCGGGCCGCCCCCGGCCCAGCCAGCUGCCGCCCCCGCCCCCCUCACUGCCCUCCACAUCCAACCCGGCUGUGACCCCCUCCAAGGCUUUAGCUGUUCUGACCAAAUUCAGCCCCACGAUACCUCAGCUGCGCGGAGCUACCGGCCCGCCCCCGCCCCCCCCAGCGAUCCCAAAGAUGGCCCCGACGGCGGGGGCGGCCCACGAGGCCGCGGGGCGCCCUUCUGGCUCUGCCUGCCGUGCCGCCUGGGGUUCGGCCGGGCCGGGGCCUUCGUGGCUCACGCCCGGUCCCACGGGAGCCCGCUGCCCCCGCCCCAGCGCCGCGGCCUGGCCCGCCACCCGGCCGUGCUGCACCGGGGGCCCGAGGGGGAGCCCGCCGUGCUCCUCAGCUUCCUGGAACCAAAAACGCCCCCGGGACCCCCGCUCCCCGGGCCCCUCGGUCCCGGGGCGGAGGCGGCGAAUGUAACCGGGGUGGGGGACGGUCCCUCCGGGCCGGCCGAGGGGGGCCUCCCGCCGGCCCCCGAGGAGGAGGAGGAGGAGGAGGAGGAGGAGGAGGAGGAGGAGGUGGCGGUCCCCGCCCCGGCCGUCUGGGACCCCAGCGCCGCCCAAGCCAAAGAAUGUCCGGCGGCGGCCGGCCUGGCGGGGCCGGACUGGCUCCCGGGGGGGCCCGAGGAAGACGGGGGUCCGCGCCCCCCGCGCAACCAAAGCUCACCCACCCCCCCGGCCCGGCCGGGCUCCCCCGCCGACCCCAGCGGGCCGGCCCGGCCGGCCCGGCCCGGCGCCGACGGCCCCGCGGGCCCGGCCUACCCGGGCCUCGGCCUGGCCGGCCACAUGGCCCUGCUGCACUCGCGCAACUCCUGCAAGACGCUCAAGUGCCCCAAGUGCAACUGGCACUACAAGUACCAGCAGACGCUGGACGUCCACAUGCGGGAGAAGCACCCGGAGAGCAACAGCCCCUGCGGCUACUGCAGCGCCGGGGGCGCCCACCCCCGCCUGGCCCGCGGCGAGAGCUACAACUGCGGCUACAAGCCCUACCGCUGCGAGGCCUGCAACUACUCCACCACCACCAAGGGCAACCUGAGCAUCCACAUGCAGUCCGACAAGCACCUGGCCAACCUGCAGGGCUUCCCGCCGGGGCCGGGGGGCCGGGGCAGCCCCCCCGAGGCCGGGCCCGGCCCGGGGGAGCCGGAGCCCAAGGCCAAGUCCUCCUGGCAGUGUAAGGUGUGCAGCUACGAGACCAACGUCUCGCGCAACCUGCGCAUCCACAUGACCUCGGAGAAGCACGUGCAGAACGUCCUGCUGCUGCACCAGGGGCUGCCCCUGGGCCUGCCCCCCAGCCUGCUGGGGCCCGCCCCGCCGCCCGCCGCCUCCGACCUCUUCCAGUACUACGGUGGUCCGCAGGGGCUGGGCCCGGCCCCGGCCGCCCUGCCCGCCUCGGGGCCGAGGCCCGACAAGCCCCUGGAGGCCCAGCUGCUGCUCAACGGCUUCCCCCCGCUGGGGCCGCCCGCCCACAGGAUCCCCGCCCCGGAGGCGCCCGCCCGCCUCCGUGUCCCUCCCGGCUCCCCUGACCGGCCCGUCUCUCCGUCCCCUCUCCUUCCUCUCUCCGUCCCCCGGCCCGGCGCAGCCCCGGACGGCGUCUCCUCGGCCCCCGGCCCGCCGGCCUCGCCCCCGCCGGAGGCCGACCGCUCGCUCAAGGCCUUCCGCUGCCUGGUCUGCCAGGCCUUCGGCACGGACAGCCUGGAGCUGCUGCUGUACCACUGCAGCGUGGGCCGCAGCCUGCCCGAGGCCGAGUGGAAGGAGGUGGCGGGGGACACCCACCGCUGCAAGCUCUGCUGCUACGGCACCCAGCUCAAGGCCAACUUCCAGCUGCACCUCAAGACGGACAAGCACGCCCAGAAGUACCAGCUGGUGGCCCACCUGCGGGAGGGGGGCGGGGGGGCCCCGCCGCCCGCCGAGGGCCCCCCGUUCGGGCCCCUCUCUCCCCUGCACCUGCGCUGCAACCUCUGCGACUUCGAGGCCAACAGCAAGGAGAAGAUGCAGCUGCACGCCCGCGGCGGGGCCCACGAGGAGAACAGCCAGCUGUACCAGUUUCUGCUGGAGAUGGAAGGGGCCGAGCCGGGGGCCGAGCCGGGCCCGUACAGCUGCCUGCUGUGUACUUGGGAGACGCCCUCUCGCCUAGCCCUGCUGCAGCACCUGCGGACCCCCGCCCACCGCGACGCUCAAGCCCAGCGGCGGCUCCGGCUGCUGCAGAGCGGGCGGGGGGUCGAGGAGGGGCUCCCCGCCCUGAACAGCAUCCUCCGCUUCGGCCGGAGCUCGCCCAAGCCCCUCGGGAAAGCCGCGGUCCCGGUGGAGCCCCGCACCCCGGAGAAGGCCUCGUCCCGGGGUGAGUUCCAUCCCGCCCUCAGCCCGCACGACGCCGGAGACCCCUCUCCACGGACCCUCACACCCUUCCUCGCCACCGAGGCGGUCGUCACGGCUCCCGAGGAGACGGAGAUCGGAACUGGCAGCUCGGGGGACCCCACCGGCCAGACCACGGUCAGGGACGGGGCCGCGGCGGGGGUGGGCGAGGGCGGACAGUUGGGGCCAAACCGGGCUCCCAGAGGCCUCCGCGUUUUUAUUCGAACGAGAAAGAGAGCGAGAAAGUGGGAACCGAGCGGCCACACGGGGAGGAUGAGAGGGCCCGGCGGCAGGCAGGUGUACUGCUGUCCGUACUGCAGCUUCGUGAGCCCCGCCGCCGAGCAGGUGCGGGCCCACGCCGUAUCCCAGCACGCCGUGCAGCCCAAGUACCGCUGCCCUCUGUGCCAGGAGCAGCUGGUGGGCCGCCCGGGCCUGCGCUUCCACCUCAGCCACCUGCACAAUGUGGUGCCCGAGUGCGUGGAGAAGCUGUUGCUGGUGGCCGUCACCGUGGAAACCCCCUUUCUGACCAAAGUGCUGCCCGGGCCCAUCCCGAGGUCCCCUGGGGACAGCCAGGAGCCUCCCACUCCGCGGCCCGAGCCGGCACCCGGAGGGGACCCGGCAGAGGGAGAAGGCCCCCACCCGCCCCCGGCCGGCAGCCCGGGCCCUCCCCCGUCCCCCCAGCCGCCCCCACCCGAGGUCCCCGAGCAUCCCCCAGUCAGCCCCAAGUCCCCCUCCCCGGCCCCCUCGCCGCCCGCUCGCCCGGAAGGCCGGCCCGCGGAGGGACCCCUCCCCGCCACGGGGGAAGAGGAAGAGCAGGAGCAGGAGGAGGAGGAGGAAGAGGAGGAGGAGGCGGGGGGCACGGCUGCGGGGGACCCGGGGCCGGGCGAGCCCGCCCCGGCGGACUCUCGGCCCCCGGCGCCCUACCGCAAGCCCAGCAACCUGGCGCUGGACAAGUUCCUGGACCCGGCCCGGCCCUACAAGUGCACCGUCUGCAAGGAGUCCUUCACCCAGAAGAACAUCCUCCUGGUGCACUACAACUCCGUCUCCCACCUGCACAAGAUGAAGAAGGCGGCGGUGGCGGCGGCGGCGGACCCCUCGGCGCCCGUCCGGGGGGAGCCCGGGGCCCCUCCGGCCGCGGCCUCGCCCGCUCCGCCCGCCGCGGCCGACAAGCCCUUCAAGUGCGCCGUGUGCCGGGUGUCCUACAACCAGAGCUCCACGCUGGAGAUCCACAUGCGCUCCGUCCUGCACCAGACGCGCUCCCGCGGGCCCCGGCCCGAUCCUAGGCCCGAAGGCCCCGAGGAGCCCAGGGAGGCCGGGCCCGACGGCCUGACCCCGGGGCUCCCGUUCCUGCCGCCGCCGCCACCGCCCGCCCUGGACCUGCCCCGCUUCCCGGGCCCCCUCUUCGCCCCGCCGGUCCUGCCUCACUUUCCCCUGGUGCCCGACUCCCUGCUCCAGCUCCAGCAGCAGCAGCAGCUGCUCCUGCCCUUCUACUUGCCUGACCUCCAGGUCGGGCCCAAGCUGGCGUUGGCGGGUCCCCCUCCGGUCAUCUCCCUGCCCCCCGCGCCCCCGCCGCCCCCGCGGGCGGAAGGGGACGGAGAGGGGACCCCGCUCGGGGCGGCGGAGGAGGGGGCCGAGGCGGGGCCCACCUCCCCGCCGCGCCCGCCGCCGCCCAGCGAGGCGGCCCGCACGGCGGCCAGGGCCCUGCUGGAGAACUUCGGCUUCGAGCUGGUCAUCCAGUACAACGAGGGCAAGCAGCCGGCGGCCGCCCCGCCGCCCGCGCCCCCGCCCCCGGCCGAGGCCCCGGGCCCGGGGGCCAAGCUGGCCUGCGGGACCUGCGGGAAGCUCUUCUCCAACAUGCUGAUCCUCAAGACGCACGAGGAGCACGUGCACCGCCGCUUCCUGCCCUUCGAGGCCCUGAGCCGUUACGCCGCGCAGUUCCGCAAGAGCUACGACAGCCUGUACCCGCCCCCGGCCGAGGCCCCCCGGCCCCCCGACGGGACCCGGGAGCCGCCCGGCCCGGAGCCCGAGGGGGCCGAGGAGCGGGGGCGCCGCCGGCCCCGGGAGGAGGCCGGGGAGGAGGAGGCCGCCGGCGGCCGGGCCGGCUGCGGCCGGCGCUUCUCCCGCACCAAGUUCACCGAGUUCCAGUCUCAGGCGCUGCAGUCCUUCUUCGAGACCAGCGCCUACCCCAAGGACGGGGAGGUGGAGCGGCUGGCGGGGCUGCUGGGCCUGGCCAGCCGCGUGGUGGUCGUCUGGUUCCAGAACGCCCGCCAGAAAGCCCGCAAGAGCACGGGAGAGGGGGCGGCGGCGGCGGGGGGCCCGGGCGGCGGGGGCCCCUCGGCCUGCAGGCGCUGCCGCUCCACCUUCCCCUGCGUCUUCGAGCUGGUGCGGCACCUGAAGAGAUGCUACGACCACCGGCCCCCGGAGGAGGAAGAGGAGGGAGAAGACGGGGAGGACGAGGGAGAGGACGCGGCGGCGGCGGCGGAGGAGGAAGCGGAGGAGGAGGAGGAGGAGGAGGGAGACCCCGGCGAGGAGCAGGCCCCGGCUCCCGCGACGACCGGGCCCCCGCCGGACGGGCAGGGCCGGGGCCCGGCCGAGGUCCCCGCGCCGGGGGGCGGGGGGCAGCCGGAGGGGACGGCGGCACCCCCGGCCGCCCCCGUCCACGCCUGUGACCGGUGCGCGGCCACCUUCCCCAGCCAGGACCUUCUGAGCGGCCACCGCGGCCUCCACUUCCUGCCGCCGCCCGCGGCCCCGGCCCACCUCCUGGACCUUCCCCUGCUGGUGUUCGGGGAGCGGGGCCCGGCGGGGGCCGGGCCCCCGCCCGCCCCCGGGCCCCCGGCGAAGCGGCGGCACGAGGACGGCAGCCCGUCGCCCCCGGGCAGCGAGGCGGGCGGGGCGGGGGAGGGCGAGCCGCCCCGGGACAAGCGGCUCCGCACGACCAUCUUGCCCGAGCAGCUGGAGAUCCUGUGCCGCUGGUACAUGCGGGACUCCAACCCCACCCGCAAGAUGCUGGACUGUAUCUCGGAGGAGGUGGGCCUCAAGAAGCGCGUGGUGCAGGUCUGGUUCCAGAACACCCGGGCCCGGGAGCGCAAGGGCCAGUUCCGGGGUGCGCCGCCCAGCCCCGCGGGCAAGCCCCCCGCCGCCGGGCCCCCGGCCCCCUUCGCCAAGCUGGCCGUCCCGGCGGGCAGGGCGGAGGAAGGGCGCGAGCCGCCCUCCACCCCGCCGCCCGGGAGAGAGGCCGCCCCCGGGCCGCGGCCCCCCGAAGAGGAGGGGCCCGAGGAGCCCCCCAAGGCCUCCCCCUCGAGCGAGGCCGGCAGCCCGGCGGCCUCCGGGGGGGACCUGAGCGACUCCUCCGCCUCCAGCCCGGCCGAGCCCGGCGGGGGCGGGCCGGGCGGCGGGCCCGGGGCGCCGGACGGGCCGGGGCAGCGGCGCUACCGCACGCAGAUGAGCAGCCUGCAGCUGAAGAUCAUGAAGGCCUGCUACGAGGCUUACCGCACCCCGACCAUGCAGGAGUGCGAGGUCCUCGGCGAGGAGAUCGGCCUGCCCAAGAGGGUCAUCCAGGUCUGGUUCCAGAACGCCCGGGCCAAGGAGAAGAAGGCCAAGCUGCAGGCCGGGGCCGCGGCGGCGGCGGCGGCGGCCGGGGAGGGCGGCGGGGCCGCCCCCCGCACCGACUGCCCCUACUGCGACGUCAAGUACGACUUCUACGUCUCCUGCCGCGGCCACCUCUUCUCCCGCCAGCACCUGGCCAAGCUCAAGGAGGCCGUCCGGGCCCAGCUCAAGAGCGAGAGCAAGUGCUACGACCUGGCCCCGGCCCCCGAGGCGGCCCCCGCGGCCCCCCGCCUGGCCCCCGGGCUCCUGUCGGGCCCCGCUCUGGCCCAGCCCGGCCCGGCCCCCUUCGGUCCCGGCGAGCCCCCGGCCGGCCCGGGGGAGGCGGGCGGGGAGGAGCCCGCGGGGGGCCGGGGAGCCCGGCGGGGCGACCGCUUCCUCCUCUUGCCGGGGCCCGCGGCCUCCCCGGGCCUGGUCGGCCUGGCCGCGUCGGUCCUGCCGGCCGCUGCCGUGGCCCGGCCGGCGAGGCCUGCGCCGGACCGGGCCGCCGCCGCCCACGCGGCCGGGCCCGACGUCGUCGUCGUCACCGCCGCCUCCGAAGGGACUCCGGCCGAAGCCCCGGGGGACCGGGCCCCCGGCCGGCCCGACGCCCUCCAGAACCUCAAGGCGCUGAAGGCCACGGUGCCCGCCCUGCUGGGGGGCCAGUUCCUGCCCUUCCCGCUGCCCGCGGCGGGCGGGGCGGCGGCCCCCGCCGUCUUCGGCCCGCAGCUCCCGGGCGCCUACUUCCAGCAGCUGUACGGCAUGAAGAAGGGGCUGUUCCCCAUGAACCCGGUGAUACCUCAGACCCUCAUCGGGCUGCUCCCCAACGCCCUGCUCCCGCCGCCCGAGCCCCCGGCCGCUGCCCCGCCGCAGCCCCCCCGGCCGCCCGCCCCGGCCCGGGGGGACCCGGGCGAGGCUGACGAGCCGCCGGCUGGGGCCGCCGGCAUCUCCACCGUGGACGUGACCCACCGCUACCUUUGCCGCCAGUGCAAGAUGGCGUUCGAGGGGGAGGCGCCCGCCGCCACCCACCAGAGGUCCUUCUGCUUCUUCGGGCGCGGCGCCGUGCCCCCUCCGCUGCGGGUGCCCGUCUGCACCUACCACUGCCUGGCGUGCGAGGUGCUGCUGAGCGGGCGCGAGGCCCUGGCGGCCCACCUGCGCUCCUCCGCCCACCGGCGCAAGGCCGGGCCCGCGCCCGCCACCCCCCGGGGCCCCCGCCCCCCCCCCAGCACCGCCGCGGCUUUUGCCAAAGAGGAAGCGAGAUUACCUCACACGGACUCAAACCCAAAAACUACUUCUACCUCUACACUUGUAGCUUUAUAA